AUGGCGCCGUUUUCUGAUGCGGCUUUGGUCCGCCUUGCUCCAUGGAUAGUGGUAGGCAGUCAGCCACCACUUGUGUAUGGCUACCUGGUGGGUAUCGAUCGCUGGUCAGUCAGCUGCGCUAGCUGGGCUGAUGCUCUUGGAUUUGCAAUGAUUCCAAUGGAAAAGGGUGCGGCCGGGUGCGACGGCAGCAUGAACGCCCGUGUAGAAUCUGACCCCCAGGUACAGGACAAACGACGAGGAGUGGAUCUAGAUGAUGCGGUGCUCAAGGGCGUUCAACGCCUCAACGAACCGCGGCAAGCAGAACCUGUCAAGCUCGUUGCGGCGCGAGCACGUUUCCGAGCCAUUCGCCAGAAGGCCAUGGCUCAACUUCGUGAACCUGAAGAUCCAUCAACGUCAUCGCUGGCCGUUCUUCGUGCUGCAGUGUAUGACUACCAGGCAAUGCGAGACCUUGCAAGAAAGAAGCUUCAGGAGAAGCUGGAAGAACAGGAGAAAUCGCGCGUUGCCUCCAUGGAGUUGGCUCCCCUGAGGUGCGAUUUUCAAAGCGACACGGAUGCUGAGACUCUGGGCAACCUGGGCAACCGGCAGUUCCAUUGGUAUCGUUCACUGCUGGAACAGGUUCGCGCACAGGAGGCCUCCAACGUGUCGAAGGCUGCACACUACUUGCUCGACUCAGUCCAGGCAGUGUUGGAGCAGGGCUGCGAGUUUACCUCGGACGACUUUUGGGCAUGCGUUCAUGAGCUUGAAGUGGAUGACAUGACUCCCGCCUUGGCUGCGCUGCUUGUCUCGAUGAUCCGUGGAAUCAAUGGCCUGAACAUACCAGCUCUGAUCCGUGUACUUCAGCAGCAGUGCGGCGACUUGACACCUGAGGUCCUUGACGUGCUGAGUGGCCACUAG